AUGGACGACGAUAAGCUGGCGGAGGCUAUCUGCGCACAGGUGAUACGACAGUACGGCAACUUCAAACCGUCGAGUAAGCCUGCCCGUAGGUCCAAUGGGUCGCAUGAAUGGACUGUAUUAGCUGGAGUCGUCCUGGUGGAUCGGCAGACAGCCGAAUGUCGACUCGUAUCCGCCGCCACUGGCGUCAAGGCACUACCAGAUAAAGAACUGGAGCGUAGCCAUGGGCGCAUGGUCCAUGAUUCCCACGCAGAGAUCCUGGCACUUCGCGGUUUUAACGCCGUGCUUCUUCAGCAAGCCAAGCUCGUAACCGAUGGCCGCAGCGCGGAGUGCGACUUGGUCGAACAGGCGAAAACACAGGACCGAUUCCGCCUCGCCAGCAGGUGGCAAGCAGCCCUAUAUAUCUCCAAGGCUCCAUGUGGCGACUGCAGCAUGGAUAUGGCAGACGACGAUGCCGAUGAGAUGACCUUCUCACCGGACGAUCCGAUCCAGUACGUCGCAGAGCACAACUAUACAAUGCUCAGGGGGCGUUUUAACUACAGUCGCAAGGGAGUCGCACGUACCAAGCCUGGCCGUGCGGACUCUCAGAUCACGCUUUCCAAGUCAUGCUCGGAUAAGCUUGCCUCAAAAACGGUCAUGUCGCUCCUGAGUAGCAUGACCUGGGAGCUGUUCGAAGAGCCAGUCUUCCUGGACUAUCUUGUCCUUCCGCACACAAUUGCAACGGCAGGGUUCGAACGUUGUUUCGCAGAACGUCUAGCAGGCCUCGAGGGCACACACAUGCCACGCCUUCUGUGCUGUCACACCGCAUUCCCCGGCGACCGUGCUGCGCCUCAGCAGCCGCCCGCGCUAACGGCCUCGGUCUACCUCAACAUCACCGCCAAGAAGCACGUGGAGCAGGCAUUGCUCAACGGCGUGCGAAACGGUGCCUACGUGCGCCCGCCACGCGCACUCGCCGCCCACGCCGAGACCAUCGUAAGCCGCGCCGCCCUCUGGCGGGUGUUCAUGCAGCUACACCAGGCCCCUCCCCUCAGCUACGCCGCGUUCAAGCGCCAACAGCAUGCAAGGAACAGGCUCAAGCGCCACGUACGGCACCGGCUGUCUCCGGACGGCUGGCCCACCACGCGAGUAGAUGACUGCAUUGCAUCGCUUGCCGCUACGUAA